GAACAGGACCCGUGCCUCCGAGUUGUGCAGCAAUGUUGUCACGUGACGCUGGGAAAAGGAAUGCCAACAUGGACCCGUGGCAAGGACGGGAUGAGAGAGAGCUCCGACAAUAACACGACGGAGGAGAGAGAACAGAGAGAAGAGAAGAAGAAAUCGACGCCGCCGAGUCCUCCACCGAGCCUGCUCCGACCUGAACACGGUUUUUGUGAUCCCACGACUGGAUAGAGUUUCAUCGACAUCCUCUCCUCUGCGUUUGGACUGGAUCAAUGGUGUCUCUCAGUAGCAGAACGCUGAGUUUGGAGAAUGACCUGUUCAGGGACAGCAGCAGCAGCCUGUUCUCCCUCGGCCUGGGAGACGGAGCCCACAGCGAGGGGGGCAGUUCUGCCUCCUGCGACAGCCCCAAUGCUGGGGAGCUGGGGGCCAUGCACAGCUCCAGCCCUGGGGAGGUGGAAGAUGAGGAGGAGGAGGAAGACGAAAACGAGGGGGCAAGUCUGCAUAUUUUUCUCGGGGCAGAGGGAGAAGAAGAACCUCUGAGUCAGGAGCCUAAGCUGCCGGAUUUCCCUUUCCACCCCUCUUCCCCGUUCUCGCCGACCCUGGAGGACAUAGAGGAGUUCUUGAGGGAAAAGAUGGAGCUGGUGAAAGAGGUGCUACUGGUCCCUAAAGAGGAGGGGUCCCCUCUACCGUGCAGUGACACUCCAUCAUCCACUGCACCCUCAGCUGCUUCCUCAGACACUUGUAGCGAGCUAGGGACGGGUGCCUCUCAUUGCACUUCAAGCCCAAACACCCCUCAGAAUGAGCAAAGCAGCCCGAGCCCAGCUAACGCCUCCCCUUCUGCCCAGGUUGACCCCUCACCUUCCACCUUAACCCCACCGGUGGUCCUGGGGGGGCCGCUGGUUCUCCAGCUCCAGCCCCUACCUCUGGCCCAGCCUCAGCCUCCAGCAGGCUCUCCUCCAGGGGCUCAAAGUGGCAUCUGGCUCACUCAUCUGGUCAUGGGGCUCCAGGGUGCAACAGGACAAAAUGUCACGCUGCUGGCCCCUCAGGUGCCCCCCACCCCCACCACCCUGCUAUCACUGAACAGUGGAGAUGGCAAGUCAGCCGACCAGAAGUACGUUAAGAUCGCACCUCUGCCCAUCACCAUGAGGACUCUAGAGAUCACAGGCGUGACUGGGGUUGGGGGACAGGGCAGUGGUCUGUUGAAGGCCGUGGCCCCCCGGGUGACCAGGCUCCCGCCUACAGAGAGGGUCCAUAAGUGCUCCCACCCAGGCUGUGGGAAGAUGUACACCAAAAGCAGCCAUCUGAAAGCUCACUUCCGCCGUCACACGGGAGAGAAACCCUACACAUGUAGCUGGCCUGAGUGUGGCUGGAGGUUCUCCCGAUCCGACGAACUGUCUCGUCACCGCCGCUCUCACUCCGGCAUCAAACCGUACGAGUGCUCACUGUGCGAGAAGAAGUUCGCCCGCAGCGACCACUUAUCCAAACACACCAAGGUCCACCGCAGCUCCAGGCCCAGCAGGAUUAUCCGAGCCACUGUCUGACACUUUCAACUGGCUUAAACCCUGCCCUGCACCCGCCCGGCCCGGCCUGGCUUUAACCAGGGAGGGGGGUCCAGGUCUCCCUCAGGACUUUUGGUGCUUUAUAAGCAGAACUUACAGAAGAAUCGUGAGAGCUGGAUGCUAUUUCCCCCCCUUCAUAUUUCCUUCCUUUCUCUCCUCCCUGCUUUUUUAUCUUUCACUGUUCCUUUUGAGCAUCGUAUACUGAGCAGCCACCUCAGGAAUAACUCAGACGAAGGUGGACUUCCUGGCUGUCACAUGCACACACACACAGGACUCAACACACAGCAGUAGUUGGUCUUACAGAAGCCCCUGUUGCAACCACUGCUCUCAUUACUGUUACCGAGCUACCAGGUGCUAUUGGAAGUUAGAUGGUAACCAGCAAUAGGAGAGUCUGUAAUUCUCUAAUCCCCUUUCUAUUUUUGUGACUGCCCUUCUUUCUCAAAGCUUAACUUCAGGGUCCACAUGGAUGAAGCUUCCCAAUGUUUUUGUAUGUUGUUAAAGUGAAAGUUUCGCGUCACGUUUCUAUGUUCUAACCAUGUGGACGUGUUCAGAGUGUGACGGAUGAAACCAUGAUUGAAGCAGCAGAAUCUCCUCUAAAUAGCCUCCUCACACAGGAUGACUCUUGUUAUUAGGAGUGAGUAGUGAAAUGUUGUUUUGGUUGGACUCAAAUUGUGUCUUUGCUAACAAUUUGGCAAAACCUGAGAGCAACUUGUGAUGUUAUAUGCAUCCAGCCCUGGCCUUUGUUGCAUUUGUCCAAUCAUAAUCCACCCUGCUUUGACCGUAUGCCUUUUCUCAGCCCCAGUAUGCCCUAAUCUCUAUUGAUGCCUUUGUCCAUAUCACAAAACCAACCUCACUUGAUCCUACUGUUAUCAUAUGACUGCUCUUAUUCAACUGUGAUUCUAGACUGGGGGUUGCCAAACCAGAAAACCCUGUUCUGGCCCUGUGUGAGCAUGAAAACGACACCCUCGGUGCGUGACAGUUUAUAAGCUCUUUGUUCUCCGAAAUUCUCUUGAAAUCAUUGUGCAGCCGACUUGCGUGGCCUAGAAAAGUACUCGGCCUGUAUGUUAUAUUUCGGCUCAGUGGUGAUGUGAAACACUGCUCUUUCUUACUUACAGUAGCAGAUACUGUAAUACAUGUCUCUGUUGGUCAUAGCAGCAAGAAAAGCUAUUAGUUUAAAGAGCUGGAAAGGCAGCUAACAUCUCCUUAAUCAUCUGUAUAGCAUACUCAAUAUAUGUACUGAACAUAAAGGACAAAGAUAACAUGUACAGCUUGUAGCCUUUAUAUAGAUGUUUUUUUAACAAUGAGGAUUUUCAAUCAGUGCAUUAAGCUAUUCAGUCGUGUUUCUGGAGAGGUUUUUGGUCUGUUAUGUGAGUUCGAUUGUAGCGUGAUCAAUCUGUGGAAUGUCAGAGUGAUUAUGGUGUGGGCUUUGGAGUCCCACUCUACCCAUUCACAAAUCAUUAAGCUGAGUCUGCUGGUCUCAAGUGCACUUGUGUUAGUGGAAACCAAGAAACAGUUAUUGUGCUCUUAUGGCAGUUCCAUAACAUGAAUUGGAACCGUAAAAUGCCAAAAAAAAAGAAGAAAAAAAGGAUUUUGUAAGGAAGGUUCAACUGCACGGCGCAGUGCAGUCGAUUAUCAUUUGUUCUUUGAUGUGAACACAUCGGUGCUUGUUAACCUCCCAGUGCUUCACAUGAAGAGACUGUAGAAGUGGAAACAUAAUGCUUCACAUAAGUGGAUUGUCGCUGUUGAACCAGCAGACAUUUACUGCUACAAACCAUACUGUCCUACAAAGUCUAACUGCAGUAACUACAUUUUUGGGCGAAAUUGAGUCAUAACUAAAGAUGAACUCCUUGAUGUCUGUUUUAUCUUGUGACAAAGUUUU